GUUUACUUGGAUCUGAGAAUUUCUAUAAAUUGUUUCACUGAAGUCAUGAAGAUUCUCAUCAUUUUGAGUUUUUGCGCUACAGCUGCUUUGGGAUGCGGUAAUCUUCCCAAAUUAGCGGCUUGCAACAUUGCAGCGGGCGGAGGAGACUGUAGCUGCCAAGCCGGUUUGUCCUGUAUGUUAACUAAGAACAUGAUCUACAAUGGACAGGUUAUUCCUGUGAAACAGUGCAUGCCAGAAGGAAUGGACAUUGAGGUGGAAGAGGUUGAUCUGGAUAAUCAGUCUGCAGACGAACCCAUGAGGACAAAACGAUUUCUAUUCAACCGUUGCAGCUCCGAAGCUGAAUGUCAGGACAACUACUGCUGUGCCUUUGGAAAACGUUGUGCUCCGAAACUUGGGGAGUUCUUCACUUGCUAUCUUGUGCAAAAGCACAAUUGCGGAUGCGGUAAUGGAAUGACCUGCAAAGUAACAACCACGAUCCGAUUGCCUUUCGGGAUCAAGAUCCCUAUCAAACAGUGCAUUCAAGUACUCAAAAUGAAAAGCUUAGCAGUCCUAACUCUGUUUUUCUCGUUGUCUGUGGCUUGCUCCAAUUUGCCAAAGUAUUCAGCUUGUGAAACUAGGGAAAAUUCCCAUUGCAGUUGCGCACCGGGAUUAGCCUGCAAAGUAACACGGGAAAUUGACAUGGGAGAACAAACAGCUGAGGUAAAGCAAUGCAUGCCGGUCAAUGAGCCGAUCGUCGUCGAAAAACUAACAGAAUAUGACGUUAAUGAAACUUUGGACCCUGGCAGUGCAGCAUUGGACCCGGCAGCAAGAUUUUAUCCUGGAAAGAAAUGCACUACGGCAGCCGACUGUUUUUGGCCAAACACCUGCUGUCUGUUUAGCAAACGAUGUAGCCUGAAGUUGCUGAAAUACUUUACUUGUUACCUCAGGAGCGUCCAUAAGUGCGGUUGUCAGGAACAUUUGGUUUGCAAAACCACGACCCAUGUGACACUUCCAAUCGUCAAGAUUCCCUUUCCAAUAAGGCAGUGCGUGCCGGAAGACGAAGCAUAAUUUUGUUCGUGAGAUUGCCAAUUACCAUGGUAAAGUGAA